GCAGCAGCCACCAUCCGACCGACGGCUCCUUGAUCCUGAACACCUCUUCUUCUCCACCGGCGCCGUCGACCUGUCCACCUAUCCGGGAGCAUCGGGCAGGAGAUCCAUUGUUGUGGCCAGUUUGGUCUCAACUACAAUCCGGACAUGAUGGAGCUCCGACCAAUACAGGCAGCCCUGCUCGCGGGCCGGGCUGCCUCGCGACGGGCCGCCGCAGGCCCAUCACCACUCUCACACCCCCUCGCCGCGCCCUCCUUCUACCGAUGCUUCUCCUCGACCAGGCCGUCCCUCUCCGAGGCAGAGGCAGCCGCGCCCCCUCCCACGCCCUCGAUGCAGGAGUGGAGCCGGCAGCAGCAGCAAAAACAACCACAACAGCCGGCCCAGCCGGCAUGGGGGAGACCAGCCGGCACCAGCCCAGGCGCCUCAGCAGGCCUGGCGUCCCUCCUCCAGCCCACAGCCCCACCAUCGACACAGCCCUCCUCGACGACAACAACGACGACGACGACACCCACAACAGCAGCCGCCCCCGCGCCGGCCCGGUCCCCCUGGGCGUCCCCCUCGAGCCCGGCCCUGCGCCACGCCCAGGAGAAGCGCCUGGCGGCCAGGCAGCGCCCGACGCUGACGGACGACCUGAUGGGCGAGCUGGGGCUGACGAUCGGCUCGGGCCCGACGAGCGAGGACCUCCUCAUGACCGGCCUGCGCCUGUCCAACGAGGAGCCCAUCGCCAACGUGAAAUACCGCCUGCGGCCCUCGGUCGGCCGCACCGUCCACCUCGUCAAGGACAAGGUCGACCUCGCGCGCGGCCUGGCCCUGCUCAACCUGCGCGUGCGCACCAACAAGGUCUCGCAGGACGUCAGCCGGCAGCGCUUCCACGAGCGGCCCGGCCUCAAGCGCAAGCGGCUCCGCCGCGAGCGGUGGAGGACCAACUUCAAGGAGGGGUUCAAGGCCACGUGCAAGAGGGUGACGGAGCUCGCCCGCCAGGGGUGGUGAGUCUUGUUGGGGGUGGCCCUUGGGGUGGUUGACAUAUGCGCGAUGAGGAGGAGGGGGUCAGCAAAUCUUGGCAGGGCUUUGGCUUCGCGUUCUAUGGCUCUAUAUUUCUCUCCAUGUACAAUCUGGGGUAGAUGUGCUGUAAGAUGCACCUGUGGGGGGCAAGACCAAAAAAAUAAGCUAGCUGGUUGCCGGCUGGGUGGAUUUGGGUAGAUACGUGUCUGUGCAAAAGCGAUUGUGCCCACGCAACGGCGGCUCUCUGCUUGAAUGGAAUAUACUGCAACAUAGGUUCGAUCGAGACAUGACCAGUACCCUCGGACCUGAAACGCCAGUGCCACCGACAGACUCCAUAGUCCUCGCGCCUUCAAGUACAUGGUCUGAAGACUACCAUACAUGUUACUGCCAUGAUUCAGUCCCCCAGCUACCUACCUAGGUACCUAGGUAGGU